AAACGCGUGACCUCGAUCUGUGAGCUCUGUGUGUGAGUUAAACAUGUCGACCAGCGGAGAUUUUGAUUGCAUAGUGAUCGGGGCAGGCGUCCAGGGCUCCUUUACGGCCUAUCAGCUGGCAAAAAAGAACAAGAAGACUCUGCUGUUGGAGCAGUUUGUACUGCCCCACAGCCGAGGGAGUUCCCAUGGCCAGACCCGCAUCAUCCGCAAGGCCUACGAGCAGAACUUCUACACCCACAUGAUGGAGGAGUGCUAUGAACUGUGGGCUCAGCUGGAGAGGGAGGCAGGAGUGAAAUUGUACAGACAAACAGGGCUCCUGGUUAUGGGGCCAGAGAAGAGUGAAAAUUACCAAAAUAUUAAGGACACCCUUCAAACAAACAAGGUUCCCAUGGUUGUCCUGACCCAUGACAUCUUUAGUCAGCACAUUCCCAAUGUCAACUUGGCUAAGGGAGACGGAGCACUGGUGGAUACAACUGCUGGAGUUCUAUUUGCUGACCGCACACUCAAAACCGUACAGGGGCAAUUUCAGAAAUUAGGUGGAGUUAUAAGAGACAACGAGAAGGUAACGGACAUCAAGCCUGGCCCUGUUGUAAGAGUGUCAACCUCUGUGGGUGUUUAUCAUGCUAAGAGUUUGGUGAUCACCGCUGGACCCUGGGCUAAUAAACUGUUGGCCAACACUGGUUUACAGUUGCCACUAGAGGUAGUAAAGAUCAACGUGUGCUACUGGAAGGAGAAGGUUCCUGGGUCCUAUAGCAUGAAGCAGCGCUUUCCCUGCUUCGUACAAACUGAAUGCUUGGAGUCCAAAGUGCAUAUCUACGGACUUCCGUCUAAUGAGUACCCAGGGCUGAUGAAGGUGUGCUACCAUAUGGGCAGCAAGACAGACCCAGACCAGAGAGAUUUGCAGAAAGACAGGUCUGAUAUUGAGAUUCUCCAGCAUUACAUCGCCCGCUGCUUUCCUGGACUCAUCCCUGAACCUGCUAUAGUGGAGAGCUGCUUGUAUACGCUAACGCCUGACCAUCAUUUUGUGCUGGACUACCACCCUGCAUACAGCAACAUCGUGAUUGGAGCAGGAUUUUCAGGUCAUGGCUUCAAGUUUGGACCAAUCAUUGGCAAGCUUCUGUGUGAACUCAGCCUGGGAGAAGUGCCCUCCUAUGACCUUUCACCUUUCCACAUAAGACGCUUCCAGUCAAAGAGGAACUCAGCUUUAUAGAUCUGCAACACAGCGAGUGUUUUAUAAUAAUAACAGCUAAAUUAUAAUUUUAGUAAAUUCAUUUAAUCACUAUGUUUAAAUUCUAUGAUUGUAUUCUUUGUAAGUUUUGUUUUUUUGGCACUAGGUGUAAUCAAAUGCUUUCAAGCAUAAUGAAUAUGUGUGCUGUUAUCCAUGUAACUAGGUUAUAGACUUUCUCUCAUGAUCUGAUUUCUAACUAAUAUUUUGUGAUUUCCAUAAUUACUAUACAAACAUUAUAGAUGGGCUCUAUCAAUCCUCUGAUCUGAAGCUCCUGAGUUGAUUUGCACAAAGUAGUGCUUGUAGAAAGUUUACGAGAUGUGAUGAGGCUCAUGUUUAUGGUAGCAUUAGUGCGCAUGUGUAAUUUUGUCUGUAAACACGAUAGCAUGGAAAGUUUUGAAUGACUUCUGAUAAAACUUUCGCUCCUUUCCAUUCCAGUUCUUGUGUCUGACCAUUUUCAGAGGAUUUGUUUGUUUGUUUCUUACGCUACUAACAGACCUAAAUGUGAAUCAAGCAAAAAAGGCACCUGACUCAUGACAGGAAUCAGGGUUGUGUCUGCAUAUAACAGACAACUUGACAAAGAACCCAUUUGAAAUUGUGUAUUUAGGCACUUUGUUAUCAGCAGUCUGUCACAAAAACACUGUUCCCAUUUCUUUAGUUGAAUCUACAAGAAAAUGUCAGAACUGUUUGACAGGCAUAAACUAAAGAGUUGUUAGCUAAAAACACGGCGCAUCUUUGCAUGGUGUGCAAGAUAUCCCAAAAAGUUUGAGUUAACUUAACAAACUGAGGACAAAAAAUGCGGCAGGCCUAAAACACUAUGGCAGAUGAUUGGUGAAAGUCAUGUUCCUAAUGAAUGGGGGGGAAAUCCAGCAAAGACCUGACACAGGACCUGAGGGUGUUGUGAAAAAAUAAAAUUGAUUGUUGAA